UUCUUUUACUCCACCCUCCACACACUCAUGCUCUGUCUCUCUCUGAGGCUCUGGCACUCCUAACUUGACGUGCUUGUCUAAGGGCACUCCCUGUUUACUUAAAUAGGUCCUUGGACGCAUCUUUUUUGUGUACGUGCCUGUGCUUGUGUGAGGCGAACAUGGCUGAGCCGGUGUCUCCAGAUUACUUCAGCUGCCACCUGUGCGCGAGUCUCCUGAGGGAUCCUGUGGCUAUCCCCUGUGGCCACAGCUUCUGUAUGGACUGCAUUAGUGGCUACUGGAAUGACGCUGACUACACCGGGAUUUACAUCUGUCCUCAGUGCAGAAUCACUUUCACCCAGAGACCUGUGCUCAGACCCAAUGCAACCCUCUCCAAAGUGGCUGAGAAGAUCAAGAAGACAGGCCUGAACCUCAACCUGGUGCCUCCAAGCAACGGGAGCAUUGCUGGACCGACUGAUGUGCCUUGUGACUUCUGCUCUGGAAAGAAGCUCAAAGCUGUUAAGUCCUGCCUCAACUGCUUGGCCUCAUACUGUGAGAAACAUCUCAAGCCUCACUACGAGUCGGCUACUUUCAAGAGACACAAACUGGUGGACGAGCUAGGAAACUUAGACAGAAAGAUCUGCCCGCAGCACCAGAAGAGCUUGGAGCUCUUUUGCCGUACCGACCAGAUGUGUAUCUGCGCUAUCUGCACUGUCAGCGAGCACAAAGGUCAUGAUAUUGUCUCAGCAGAGGCAGAGAGAAGUGAGAAGCAGAAACUUCUUGGAGUGUCCCAAGCUGAGAUCAAACAAAAAUGUCAGCAGAGGACCAAAGAGCUGGAGGAACUAAAGACGGCUGUUGACUCACUGAAGAGCUCAGCUCAAAGGGCCAUGACGGAGAGUAAGAAGAUGUUUGACGAGAUGCUCACUUCCAUCGAGAGGAUGAGGUCGGAGGUCAUCAAGCUGAUCAACAUCAAUGAGAAAGCUGCGUUCAGCCAGGCUGAGGGACUGAUGGAGCGCUUGGAGCAGGAGAUUGAGGAACUGAAGAAGAAGGAGACUGGAUUAAAGCAGCUCUACAGUACUGAGGACCACAUCCACUUCUUACAGAAUUUCAACUAUCUCUGUACACCAACUGAUGAUGGAUUCAUUCCUAAAGUGUCUCUGAACCCAGAUUUUUCAUUCAGUGCCGCAAGGAAAGCUGUCGCAGAGAUCAAGGAAAAGCUUGAAGAACUGGGCAGAGAGGAACUGCUGAAGGUCUCAAAAUCAGUGAAUGAAGUACCUGCUUAUACACUAGAGAACCGUAGCGUUCGAGAGAAAAGCAGCCGAGUCAAAGAAAUCCAAACUGUGGACAGUGCCCCUCCAUCACAGCCCAGGAGCAGGUCUGAGUUCUUAAAAUACUUCUGUCAGCUCCGUCUGGACCCCAGCACAGCUUAUAAAGAGCUCUACCUAUCAGACGGAAACAAGAAGGUGACUCGAACCCGCAACCUGCAGCCCUACUCUGAUAAUGCAGAGCGGUUUGACACCUUCGCCCAGGUGCUGUGUCGUGAGGCUCUGUCUGGUGGCCGCUUCUAUUGGGAGAUAGAGUGGAAUGGAGAAUUUUCUGUUGGGGUGGCCUACCGAGGCAUCAGCCGCAAAGGCAAGGGUCCCCUGUGUUUGCUGGGGUACAAUGAUAAAUCCUGGAGUCUCCUCUGCUCCGACACGGGCUAUUCUGCCUGGCAUAACCGGGUGGACAAAACCAUCAGUGCCCCACAUUCUCCACGGAUAGGGGUCUACCUUGACCACAGCGCAGGGGUGCUGGCUUUCUACAGCAUCGGCGAGACCAUGACAUGCCUUCAUCGCUUCGAGACCACCUUCAGUGAACCCCUUUAUCCUGGGUUUGGGGUUGGAACCUCGGUUAAAAUCUGUCAGCUAAAAUGAAGACUUUGUGAAUAUAUUUUUUAUUUUUACAGAGAGUACAUUUUUUUUAUAUAAUGUGUUUUAUGUUAUUUUCAGUUAUCACUAACGCCAUUGCAUUGUAUUUUACAAAAAGCCCAACAAAAAAGAAAAAAAAAAACAACAACCUGAAAUUGAAUUGCAAAUUUCAGCAUUUCAUUUAGACCUAGACCCAAAGAUAACAAAACGUUAUUCCAUCAUACCAUCAUGUUCUUUUUGUAUUUUUCAAUUAAUAACAUUUUAAAUACUAAACCUUAUAUUUAUCCAAGUACCAUGUGCCAUUGUCCAUUUAGUGUUAAAAAGCUUCAUUAUUCCUCAAAAAUGACCUCUUGAUAUUCCAAUUAAAGUUUUUAUUAACAUGCAAAUGUGUGUUUUUGUUAUAUAUAAAUGCUAACGGAACUGCAAUUUAAAUGGAACGUUUAUUCCAGUAUUAAGAAGAAAAUAAAUCAUUUGGAUGCCAAAUUCAUA